CAUCUGUCAAUGUCAAAAUCAGCUGUGCUGCUUGCUGAGUGUUUUGGAAUUUCAAGUCCACGAACUUAAGUUAUUUUAAGUAAAUAUUUCAUUACAAAAAGCUUUAAACGUGAAAUAUGGCUUCUCGAUUUAGUGGUGCGUUACAACUGACUGAUUUAGAUGAUUUUAUCACUCCGUCGCAGGAAUGUAUAAAACCCGUAAAAAUCGAGAAAACCAAGACGAAAACUGGUGCAAAGAUAAAGAUAGGUGAGGAUGGAUAUUUUGACGUGUCGAAUGGGCAAGAACAAAAAUUACAGAAGGUUGAGAUCACGCUGGCCGACUGUCUCGCGUGCAGCGGCUGUAUCACGUCAGCUGAGAGCGUGCUUGUUACCAAGCAAAGUCAGGAAGAACUGUUGAGAGUAUUUUCUGAGAGAAAAUACACGGACAACAAGGGAGUUACCAGGAAUGUGAGUCUGAUAGUGAUAUCCCUAUCGCCGCAGCCAACACUCUCACUGGCAGCCCGCUACAAGCUCUCACCAGAGGAAGCCACACACAAAUUAGCUGGUUACUUCAAGAGCCUGGGCGCGGAUUUAGUCCUGGACAUGACGGUAGCUGAAGACUUCUCGUUGAUGGAAGCUCAACAGGAGUUCUUGCAGCGCUACCAGAACCAACAGAACGACCCCACGUCAAAGAACCUACCUAUGCUUGCUAGCUCUUGCCCAGGUUGGGUAUGCUACGCCGAGAAAACCCACGGUAACUUCAUCCUACCGUACAUAUCGAGCACGAAGUCCCCGCAGCAGAUCAUGGGGUCGCUGGUGAAGCAGCACCUGUCGCUGGCGCGGCAGCUGCCCGCCGGGGAAGUGUACCACGUGACCGUCAUGCCCUGCUACGACAAGAAGCUAGAAGCCUCCAGGGAAGACUUCUACAGUGACAUGCUCGGCUGCCAUGAUGUGGACUGUGUUAUUACUGCGAUUGAGUUGGAGCAAAUGCUGGAGUCAAGCGGUCAGAACCUGGGCGAUGUCCUGGGCCUGGAGCUGGACUCUGCGUGGGGCGAGGCGGGGUCGGGCGCGCUGCGGCGGCACGCGGGCUCGGGCUCCGGCGGGUACGCCGACCACGUGUUCCUGCACGCCGCCGAACAACUCUUCGGCGAGAGCAACGCGCAACUCGUCUAUAAGAACCUCAGGAACCCUGACUUCCGAGAGGUGACUCUUGAGAAAGACGGCAAGGAGGUUUUGCGGUUCGCGAUCGCUAACGGCUUCAGGAACAUUCAGAACUUGGUGCAGAAGCUGAAGCGCGGCAAGUCGCCCUACCACUACGUCGAGGUCAUGGCUUGUCCUUCAGGGUGCCUAAACGGCGGUGCACAAGUCCGACCCGUGGUAGGCGAGAGUGGUCGCGAGUUAGUGGCUCAGCUGGAAGUAUUAUACAACCGCCUGCCGCUGGCCGUGCCCGCGCAGAGCAAGACGCUUCGCAAGCUGUACGCCGAGUGGCUCGGAGGCAAAGACUCCGACAAAGCGAAGGCAAUGCUCCACACUGCUUACCAUGCAGUUGAAAAGUCGGAUAUAGCACUCAAUAUAAAGUGGUGAAGUCAUAAACUGGCGUUUAGUAGAUAAUCGGCUGGAUACACAAACAAAACUUGAUUAAAGAAUGACAAAAAGUGGUUCAAUCAUCCACCAGCAUGACCUAUGCAGAUUGAAAAUAAAGCCCCAAAAAUAAGUGAACAACAAUAAUUUUAUCAGUACUCUUCUUAUAUCAAAACCUAGUUUUUCAUCAGUUUGUAACUUUUUGCUGUUUUAUAUUGAAAGCGUAGUAUUCACUGACAGUCUAUUUUUAAUCGACUGUCAGUGAAUAAAAACACUCUCAACUAUUAGGAUUAAAGAGAGCCUAAAAGGGGAUAAGAACAAGUUAUAUAUUUUUAGUUCCUAAAUACUUGUUUGUUUACGGCCGUCGAAAAUUAAGUUUUCUUUGAGUAUUCUGCAAAGAAUUUGUAAAGUACGCACUUUAUUCUUUGUAUAUUAGCAAAUCUGAGGCAGGUUGUGGUGUAUGACGUGUUGAGUUAGUUUUUUAUUGACAUUAUUGAUAGUUAUAUGUAUGAUGUUUUAAAUGUUUUUUUAUUUUUUAGUCGUCACCUAUAUUGUAUGUAGUUUUAUUAGCACCAAGUAUUGUUAAACAAUUUCUGUUGUGUGCAUCUUUAAUAAGUCGAAGCAAACGUGGCAUAGCCCAGUAAGAGUAGGAGCACUUUUGUUUUUAAUUGCUAACAAGAUGGCAAUCCUGCUUACUCCAGUAGUUUUUUUUUAUAAUCGAUCAAUGAAAAUGGAUUACAACUAUUGUCGGCCCACUCUUGUAUGUUAUGUGUUUGUCUUUAAUAGUACUACGUCUUACAUAAUAUAUGAAUAGUAAUUUGUCAUUCUACACGCGUGACGUCACUAGCACUGUGACGUCACAGCUUAACUGCCGCUACCAUGUGAUAACUAGGAGUUCAUAUUUAUUUGUAAGCUAUCAUAUAUAUUUGUUGUUAUGUAUUAAAAUUGUAAAUAUUAAGAAUUAAUUGUAAGAACAAUAUAUGAACAAUACAUUUGUUUUAAAUCAU